AUGUCGUGGCAGGCUUAUAUCGACACAAGUCUUUGCGGAAGCGGACAUGUCGAGAAGGGAGCUAUCUACAAUUUGGAGGGAACCUCUUGCUGGGCCACCAGUCCUGAAUUCCAGAUCACCCCAGCAGAAAUGACCGAGGUCAUAAAUGGACUCAAGGGCCAAACAGAUUCUUUAUAUGCAAAUGGUUUACAUCUUGCUGGCGAGAGAUAUGUUCUUACAAAAGUUGAGGAGGAUGGCUCGAUGCUCUAUGCUAGAAAGGGCAAGGAUGGAGUCGUUAUCGGUAAAACCACCCAAGCAAUCAUCGUAGCCCGAUACGUCGAUCCAAUGAUCGCCGGAAACACCGUUGAGACUGUUCAAAAAUUGAUCACUUAUCUCGUUAAUGUUGGCUACUAA